UAGUGCUAAUGUCUCUCCAUUCAUACCGCCCUUUCUCUUUUUUCAACCCCACAAGCCUUUGGCACGAUGAAGUGGGUAACAUUUAUUUGUGUUCUCUUUCUUCUUGACUCUGCUUACUCCAGGGGUGUGUUUCGCCGAGAUGCACCUACAAGUGAGCUUGCUCAUCGAUAUAAGGAUUUGGGAAAAGAACUUUUCAAAGGCCUGUUGCUGGUUGACUUUUCUCAGUUUCUCCGGAAGUCCCCUUUAGAUGCGAUUGUAAAAUUAGCAAAUGAACUAACAGACCUGGCAGAUGUAUGUGCUCUUAAUGAGUUAGCUGAAAAUUGUGGCAAGUCACUUCACACCCUUGUGGGAGAGAAAUUGUGUUCAGUUGAAUCUCUUGGCAACCUGGCUGAGUGCUGCGCAAAACAAGAACCUGAGAGAAAUCAAUGCUUCUUGAAACACAAAGAUGAGGAUCUGGACAUCCCUCCAUUGGGGGCAAUAGACCCCAGUGCAACAUGCACUGCCUUUCAUCAAUUCGAACAGAAGGUUUUGGGAACGUUCAUAUAUGAAAUUGCCAGGAGACAUCCUUACUUUUAUGGCCCAGAGCUCCUGUACUAUACGCAGGAAUAUAAAGGAGAUUUGACAGAAUGCUGCGAAGCUGCUGACAAAGCCGCCUGCCUGGGCCCAAAGUUGGAUGCCUUGCAAAAAGAGGUACUGCGUUCAGCUCACAGAGAGGAAUACAAGUGUUCCAUGCUCCAAAAUAGCGGAGAAAGUGCUUUGCAAAAAUGGUUCGUAUCUGACCUGAGCAAGAGAUUUCCUAAUGCUGACUUUAUGAUGGUUUCCAAAUUGGCAACAGAUUUUACCAAAGUCCACAAGGAAUGCUGCCAAAGUGACAUGCUUGAAUGUGCAGAUGACUGGAUCAAUUAACUUACAAAGUACAUGUGUGAAAAUCAAGCAUCAAUCUCUACUAAAUUGAAGGAAUGCUGUAAUAAGCCUGUGUUGGAAAAAUCUCACUGUCUUGCUGAGAAGGCAGGUGACAAUUCAGCUGCUAACGUAGCUGCUAACCUGGCCCCAGUAACUGCUGCUUUUGUUGAAAAUAAAGACGUUUGCAAAAACUAUAUGGAGGCAAAAGAUGACUUCCUGGGCAAGUUUUUGUAUGAGUACUCAAGAAGGCAUCCUGACUACCCUGUCUCAUUGCUACUGAGACUUGCCAAGAGGUAUGAAGCUACACUGGAGAAGUGCUGUGCCUCCGCUGAUGCUCAGGCAUGCUAUUCCAAAGUGCUUGAUGAAUUUCAGCCCCUUGUGAAUGAGCCACAUGAAAUAGUAGAAAAAACCUGUGAAGUUUUAGGAAACCUUGGAGAGUAUGGCUUCCAAAAUGUAGUCUUAGUUCAUUACACCAAGAAAGUACCCCAAGUGUCAACUCCAACUCUUGUGGAUUUCUCAAGAAAACUUGCAAGAGCGGGCAGCGAGUGUUGCAAGCUCCCUGAAUCACAAAGAACAGCUUGUUCUGAUGACCAUCUGUUCAAGGUCCUGGAUAGGUUGUGUGUGGCACAUGAGAAGUCACCAGUGAGCGACAGAGUUACCAAAUGCUGUGCAGAGUCAUUGGUGAACAGACCAUCAUGCUUUUAUGCUCUGGAGGUUGAUGAAACCUAUGUUCCCAAAGAAUUUAGUGCUGACACAUUCACCUUCCAUGCAGAUGUAUGCACACUUCCCGAGCCUGAGCAACAAGUCAAGAAACAAACUGCACUUGCAGAGCUGUUGAAACACAAGCCCAAAGCAACUGAGGAACAACUGAAAACUGUUAUGGGGAACUUCUCAGCUUUCUUCCAGAAGUGCUGCGCAGCUGCUGACAAAGAAGCCUGCUUUGCAGAGGAGGGUCCAAAACUUGUUGCUUCAAGUCAAGCUGCCUUAGCCUAAAAUCAGCAUAAUCACAAGCAUUUCAGAUUUCCCUGAAAGAAAGAGAAAUGAAGACCCGCAUCUUAUUCAUCUGUUUUUCAUUUCAUGAUCCAUCUAAAAAACAUACAAUGUAAAAAAUAUUUUGCCUAUGUUAUUUGUGAUGAAAUUAAUAAAACAAAUUUAAAAAUCU